CUUCCCUGAGAUGAUUCUGCAGCCAGAGAAAAGUGAAUGUUUCUUUGUCGGGGAGGGAAAAAUAGGUCAAGAAGCAGAAGGAACUGGAAGGGGAUUAAAAGGCACAGAAGAACAGUGUGAGCUGUACUUUGACAGCAGACUUAAGGCUGGUGCAGAGCGUUCAGAAGAAAUAAAAGUCCACGCACCCAGCACAUGGGUGGCUUCGACAAGAGAUGACGAAGAUGGGGCUGCAGAAGAGCUGACUGGUGAGGCAAAGCAGUUGCCCCAGAAGUGGCCUGAAGAUACCUCUGCCAAGCAGGAAGCAGCAGGGAGCUGUGUCCCAGUCCCACUGUGGGAAGAGCUGCAGCAUUGGUGCAUGGAGGGUCCGGGGAGCGGACGAGAGCUCAGCAGCUGCAUGAGGCAAGAGCCCUUGGUGCAUGGACUGGUGGAGCUGAUGGGACCUCAGUGGCUGCACAAGGCAGCACAGGUCCCUAACCCUGCGCAAGGCAGGAGCCCCUUCGGUCCACAGGGCCAAGAGACAGUUGAUGGGCCUGGUGGCUGCAUGAGGCUGCAGCAAGUGACAACUGAAUGGGUUGAUCACCCUAGUAAGGAAGGAUGCCCUGCAGCCAACCCAGAGAGAGACAAGCCUAGCCCACCAAAGUUGCUGGGAGUCAUGAGUCACCCAUGAAGGAGAUUGCAGUUCCCAGGAGAGGAAGAAAAGGGGAUUUCCACAGGGCAAUAGGAGCCCUCUCCAUUCAGGUGAUUAAAGGGAAGCCCCUAAUGGGGUGGGGGGUGACCCACCUUUGGUGUAGAGAGGAAUUAAGGGCUCCUGUUUGUUAAGGGUGGUUUCAUGGUUAUGGGACCCCUCCUAGUCAUGUGAACUAAGAAAACACCAUCACCCUCCCCUAAGGUACUGGGUUCUUUCUCCUGGUAUCGUUUCUUCUAUGGGCACAGUUACUGUGCCAUUGCUGUGUUCUGGUUCCUUGUAUUGUUGGGACUUUCACUGUAAGUCUGCAUCCUUAUUGAUGUAUUAUGAGAGGAUUGUAAGCUGCUUUAUGUAGCCUGCUAGUGCAACCCUGACUCAAUACCUGAAUUCAUUGUAUUGGUUAUCUUUAUGCAUUACAUCUUAUUUGAGGUAAUCUCACUUAUGUAUGUUCAGUUAUUGUUCCAUCACUGCUAGAUCUUCAUUUGUUGACUUACUGUCUAACCUGUGUUUUAUCAUCGAGUGUUCCCUUGCCUGCUGCCUGGAAGGUCCUGCUGAGGGCAGGGGCUGCACACUAACUGGAAGGCCACAGAGUGUCAAAGCCUGUGCUAAUAUAGUGCCUUUGUCAGCCAUAUCUGGCUGAGAUUGCCUGAGUUAAGGGUUAAUAAGAGUUAGUGUCUUUGUAAACCUAUAUUUGUAAAUAAUAUACAAGUUUGUAAGUUUGUAUUCUAUAAUAUUGUACAAUUAAACCUGU